GCUGAAGUGAAUUACACGGCCGGCACUUCCAGUGCUGAAGACGAGGCAUUACAGGCAUUGGACGCCUCCGUAGAAAUCGUCGACCCGAAGAUAGCCAGCAGUUCCCACUCUAAUGGACAGGAAGUGGACGAUAAAGAAGAGAAGGAAAAGGAGUCGAACCGCCCUUCAGGCGCUGACUGGAAACAACAAAGAUUACCGGCCUGGCAGCCAAUCCUAACGGCCGACACAGUAUUGCCCGCAUUCUUCCUGUUAGGCAUCGCUCUAAUACCGAUCGGAAUCGGACUCCUUCUCUCAUCU